AUGGCAGCAACAUCAUCAUCAGCAUCCUCCUCCGCCGCAGUCUCCAGCCCAAUUCCCGCCUCGGCUAAGGCUUCGCCUGCAACCGCCUACGCUUUGUUUAUGCAUCGAGCUGAAUUGCAACGGAAGCGCGCUCAGUUUGCUCGUGUCUCGCAGACAAAGAUUCAACUGACAGCACAUCUGAUUAACAAGUUGAAGCAACGCAUGGCCAGCUGCAGCUACGAAGAUCUGCAGUGCCUGGUCAGAGAACAGGAGUUCAAACGCAACCUGGAGAAGAAGCUGCAUCAUCGUCACAAACAGCUGAAGGCUAUUGCCAAACAAAAGGAGAAGAGAAGCGAAGACGAGCGCACAGAAGAAGCGCGCGAACAAAUGAAAGCAAGUGAAGUCAAAUUAAAUUAA